UAUAGUCAGAUAAGAAAACCUCUUAUUUUAACGUCAUGGGUUUCUUCCAUGUUGGGGCUCUUGCUUUCAGAGUCCCGCACUGCACAUAGCCUUUUUCGAGUUCUGUGGGAAUCUUCUGACCUUACGCCAUGAAAACAAAGCGAGGAAAACGCUCGGAGGCAUUUUGGCCUUCCAUUGUGAUGAAGAAAUGGUUAAAUAUAAAGCCCAAGGUGUACGAAUUUAGUGAAGAUGAAUUGGACAAUGAAGCAGAGAGUGAAGAUGAUGCUUUCUCUCCUAAGGACUCAAGAAUGAGUGUGCGAGAAGACAUUCCACAUAGAAUGCAAGAGACUCAAUUCAUACUCCCUAGUCAAAAUCAAACAUCAGCUAUAAAUUGCAAGGGCAAUAAACGGAGACGCAGAAGAGGAAAAUCAGAGACUUUGCGGGUUCAGUACAUAAACACAAAGGAAGUAAGGUUUGCAAUUGGCACUUGGAAUGUUGCCGGAAGACUUCCAGAGGAGGAUCUGGAGAUUGAUGACUGGCUUUAUACCAAAGAACCAGCAGAUAUUUACAUUCUCGGUUUCCAGGAAGUUGUCCCAUUGAAUGCAGGAAAUGUUCUGGGAGCGGAAGAUAACACACCCAUCUUAAAAUGGGAGACAGUUAUUAGAAGAACUUUAAACAAAUAUUCAGAACCAGAAAGCAAAUACAAAUGCCUCAGUGCUCCUUCUUCCCCAGUACAAAAAACUUGCAUUGCUGCUAAUGUUCUCGCUGAGAAUAUGCAUGAUCGUGCAUUAGACAUGAUGAAUACGCAUGCAGGAACUGUUGACAGUUCUGGGCUGGAACAACAAGAACUGAAAGAAGUAUUUGACAAAGACCAGAAUUUUCAGUUACAGAGAGUAUAUGGCGUUGAUCAUCAGGCUAAAUUUGAUUGGCCUGAACGUCCAUUAGACGGAUUCUCCCCAGUAGCUGUUAAUGUGGAUUCAAAACUGCAAAAAGUACUAAGCAGCUCAGGACGAACCGGAUUUAACGAGGCAGAGGAUGCUUUAGUGCAUGGCAAUGGAAUGGAGUGUUCACGCCGCAGUUCUGGAAAGCUUUGUUCGAUGUGGAAUGAGCCUGAAGUAGUCGAUUCCCUAUCUAAUGUCUGCGACUCGUUUUUCCACGAGGAAAAUGACAUUCUUAAUGAAUUGCCAAGGAAAAAAGAGGAUAAUGGAGUCGACACGAUGAAAUCCCCACGUCUUAAGUAUGUUAGGAUAGUCAGCAAGCAGAUGGUGGGGAUUUAUAUAUCAGUUUGGGUGCAGAGUUGUUUAAGAAAGCACGUUAAUAAUUUGAAAGUUUUUCCUGUUGGAGUUGGCUUUAUGGGCUACAUGGGAAACAAGGGCUCUGUUUCAGUUAGUUUGUCUCUCUAUCAAUCACGAUUGUGCUUUGUUUGCUCCCACCUGACUUCUGGGCAAAAGGAUGGGGCUGAACACAGGCGAAACUCCGAUGUUCAUGAAAUCCUAAGACGUACCCGCUUCUCAUCUGUCUUAGAUACAGAUCAACCACAAACAAUCUCAUCUCACGAUCAAAUUUUCUGGUUCGGGGAUUUAAAUUAUCGAAUCAAUCUGUGGGAUGAGGAGGCAAGAAAGCUGGUGGCCCUAAAGAAAUGGGAUGAAUUGCUGCUUAAUGAUCAGCUGAGCAAAGAACUGCGAAGGGGGCAUGUAUUCGAUGGAUGGAAAGAGGGAUUGGUAAACUUCCCGCCCACUUACAAAUAUGAGAUAAAUUCUGAUAAAUAUGUCGGUGAGAACCCAAAAGGGAAGAAGAGAUCCCCAGCUUGGUGUGAUCGUAUAUUGUGGCGAGGUAGAGGAAUACGGCAACUUUCAUACCAGCGUGCAGAAAUAAAGCUCUCAGACCAUCGACCAGUUAGUUCUAUCUUCACUGUUGAAGUUGAAGUGUUUGACCAUCGUAAACUCCAAAGGGCUUUAAAUUUCACUAGUGCAGCCGUAUACCCAGGAGUGUUCCUUGAUGAAGUUGGGGACUUGUGAUAUAUCCGAACCAAGCAUAGACACUUCACCUUUUUUGAGCGAAAUAUUGCUUCACGCCCAGUAUUUCUAGCGCAAACAUCUUAUGAAGAAGACCACUCUUCAGAUACAGCAAUGAUCACUUAGACCAAGGUGUGAUAUUUCUUUGGUGAAGACAGGAGGGUGCCAGAUUCAAAAUAAUUCCGACAAUCCCUCGAGUUGCCUGCUUCAGUAAUUGUCAAAGCAAUAAAAGGAGGACAUCAAAUUAUCGGUGUUAGAGUUUUUUUUUUUUUUUUUUUUCAAUUGAGUUGUUUAGAUCGCCUUGCUUUCAGCAAAAUUUUGAACAUCACAAGCCAUAUUCAACGUGUGCAUAGUUGCUACCCUUUCCUUUUUGUUUGGAAGUUAUUCCCAUGUUCAGCUGCUUUGAUGCGCCUUCUGGGCAGAUAUUUUGCAUAUCAAUGCUCUCUUGAUGUUUGUCGUUAGCUUCAUGUAAUUCAAACAUUGAGGAUUGAAUCAUCGCGAUUUCAACAA